AUGGCGGAGUUGAUGCAGGAUGACGGCGAGGCCUUCACGGUGGAGGCUGCGCGGAAGUUUAGCGAGGACUACGCCUCCAACAUCCCGUUUGUCACCGCCGACCAGUUGCGGUCGUUCCGGUGCAGUAGCGAGGGGCCGGUGGAGGUGCGGAACCACGCCCCGCCCGUUCGGGACGCGGAGAGCCAGAUGUGGAUCGAGGAUGUGGAGGCCGAUUGUUCGAUCAUGUUCUACAGCACAAGCUCCGACAUAGAGAUAGUCGCGAUCGUGAAGGGCGAUCUGAAAGGACAGGAGGGGGUCCCAGCCCGCGUGCACUCGGAGUGCUUCACGGGCGACGUGAUCGGGUCAAAGCGGUGCGAUUGCGGCCAGCAGUUGCACAAGUUUCUCCGGAUCAUGAACACGGAGCCUCGCGGGGUGCUGCUGUAUAUCAAAGGACACGAGGGUAGGGGUAUAGGGCUGGCGAACAAGAUCCGGGCGUACCACCUGCAGGACAGCGGGGUCGACACUGUCGAUGCGAAUUUGCAGCUUGGGCUUCCAGUGGACACCCGAACCUACGACGACUCGUUGUUCGUUCUUCAAGACCUAGGUGUCAAGAGCAUACGCUUGUUCACGAACAACCCCCUGAAAGUUGGUGCGCUAGCGAAGAUUGUGAAGGACGUAGCGGCGUUGCCUUCAGUCGAGAACGAGCGCAACAGGGCGUACUUGCAGACGAAGCGCGAGAGGAUGAAUCACCGCACCGUUCUAGAAACCUUUAAGUUGCCGCCGCCGGUCUUGGACGUUGCCAAGGCCGUGAUUGGCGUGGUCUUCACCACUUGGAACGAGUAUUAUGUCAAGGAGCUCGUCGCGGCUGCAGAAGCACGGCUGCAGCAUGAGGGGGUCCGGAGUACGAAGUUGGCGGUGCCGGGGGCCUGCGAGCUUAUUAGUGGAGCGCGCGCGGUCAUUCGGCAGACCAAGCCUGAUGCGGUUAUCGUCAUCGGUGUCCUCAUUCGUGGCUCCAGCGAUAUCUACGACGCGACAUGCAACGCGGUCAUGACUGGACUGACGGAGCUCAACGCUAGCCAGGACACGCCGAUCGUCAUGGGAUUGCUGAUGUGUCAAAACGAGGGUCAGGCGCACGAUCGGUCGCUUGGGCCGAGCAACCCUGCUAAGGCGUGGGCCGAGACGGCUCUCCACAUGGCUUCGUUGUCGGCCAUAUCCACGCAGGCGGGAGGUUCAGGCACACGAUCGGUCGCAUGGGCCGAGCAACCCCGCUGA